AAAGGCGGAGUAUUGGAAUCUAAAUAUCAGGGACCAUACAAAAUUAUGAGUGUUGAAGGUAAGAGAGUGAAAUUACAAACCAUCUCAGGGAAACAGUUAGGAACCAUGUACAGUAUUGCACACUUAAAACCAGUAAAAGAGCCAACAACAUUAGCUGCUGAAAGCACAUCAGAAGGAAAAACUGAAACUGAAAUUGGAGUUGGUGACGCUGAACCAGAAACACCCACGGAAGAGAUUAGAGAAGUGGAUGGCACUGUAUCUCAUGACAGCAAAGUGGAAAACAUAGAGGUCACAGCAAUAGAAAAAGAGGAAUAUAUAGGGCAAGAUGUGUCAAACAAUGAUACAAGUGAUGCUGAUGACAGUUUUGAUGACAUGCUUACAGAGGAAGUGGAAGACAAGCAAUGGCUUCUGAAAGUAAAAUUGGUAAUGACCAGCAAACACACAGAGAGACUGGAGGCGAAAGUGAGAAACAUAAAAUUGUAUGGCUCUUCAUUUCAUUGCCUGAAACCGAGAAGCUGGAUAAGUGAUGAGGUUAUUGAUGCAUUUUUGAGCUGUGUAGUUGAGAAAGCAGACGGAAAGGUACAAGCCAUCUCAUCAGUAGUUUCCACUGUCAUUCUCUCAGGCAGAGCUACACAAGAGAAAGUGAAGAGUGAAUUACUUCAAAAUGAUAUAUUACUGCUUCCUUACCACACACCAGGUCAUUGGGUUCUUGCGAUUGCCUUGAUGAAAAAAAAGGAAUUGUUAAUAAUUGACCCCUUGUGUGAUGAGAUCAGAUAUGAAAGAACAUGCCUGAGGAAUUGGAGAAACUUCAUCAAACGAUUAACUAGUAAAUCCUCAUCUGAUUGGAACAGUAAAAUUGUGCAGCAUCCCAGACAAAGUGAUGGCCACAACUGUGGACCACUCAUCUUAAAGUUUGUAGAAACAUAUUUGCAGCACAAAGACAUCAGUACAGUGGAAACAACACAGAAGGCUAAUACUGCGUUUAGAAGACAUAUAGCAAUUCUUCUAAUGAAGGAGUCAGAAAGCGUGGAGGACUACUGCAUAUACUGCAACCUUAUCGACUGUGAAAAAGAAAGUGAGAAUUGCACGAUGGUCCAGUGUGAUUCUUGCAAGAGGUGGGCACAUAUACCAUGCAUUACAGAAGGAACCAAUCAAGAAAACCUGACAUAUGAGAAGAAAGAGUACAACAGCAAGACAUGUGCAUAGUUCACUUCAUUACAAAAAAAAAAAAGGCAAGAAAGAAAACCCAUUGUUUAACUGCCUCUUGUUCAAAACAUAAUGCAACCUAAAGAAAUAUAUUUCUACGUAUACAUCAGAUUAAAAUAAAUGUUUUUGAUGUUAAAUAUA